AUGCAGACUGCUUCUACAAAUAUUUGUGAAAGAAUGGGUCGCUCUCAGGAGCUCAGUGAAUUCAAGCAUGGUACCGUGGUAGUUUGCCACCUGUGCAAUAAGUCCAUCCGUGAAAUUUCCUUGCUACUAAAUAUUCCACGCUCAACUGUUAGUGGUAUUAUAACAAAGUGAAAGCAACUGUGAGCAACAGCAACUCAGCCACAAAGUGAGAGGAGUCAGCGCAUGCUGAAACGCACAGUGCGCAAGUCACCAACUGUCUGCAGAGUCAAUAGCAAAAGACCUCCAAACUUCAUGUGGCUUUCAAAUUAGCACAACAACAGUGCGUAGAGAGCUUCAUGGCUGAGUAGCUGCUUCCAUACCUUA